GUGGUUUCCUGUUCUGGUUUUUUGGUUAAUCCUCCUCGAAAUCUCAUCCACAAAGGAAAAACCAAAAGGAAAACGAAAAACCCAUAAGCCCCAAACUGCCCAACACCGCAAAAAUGUUGUUUUCUGCUCAUUAUUGUUGUUACAGUUUGUUUCAUUCUCUGUUUUUUCAUUGCCCUCCAACGACUUUGUCUUUCUUCGAUUCUCUGGUGUUCAAAGUAAACCUUUUCGUCUCCCUAUAAUAUAUUCCAGUUUCGGGAUUUAUUGGGAUUUUUUUUUGCACGCGUGAUUCUUCUGGUACUUCUCCGUGGGUUUGUUUUUUGGGCUUGUGUUUGAAUUUUCAAUCUUUUGAGGGUCAUUGGUCUUUGGUCACACAGUUGUGGAAAUUGUGUCGUUUUCUGAGAGUUUACUUUCAUUCUUUUGUUAUUAUUUAUAGAAAAGAAAUCAAAGAAAAGUGGUUGGUGAUGAAAUACUUGGGAUUUUGAAGGUUGUUUUGUUUUCAUUUAUUUCAUUUGGAAUAUAAAAGAAGGGAAAGUCGGUAUUGAUUUUUUUAUUGGUGCAUAUUAACAGAAAUUGUUUUUUGGGUUAUGAGGUCAACAUUGGAGACAUUUGGGGUGGUGUGAUUGGUUUUCAAUUACAUCAUAUAUUCCUUUUUCAUCUUCCAUCUUAUUUCAUUUGUUAAAUUUAAGGAAAGCUUUGUUGGUGAGUUCUAUUGUUAACCAAAGAAGGGUUUUCCAAAUCUAUCUGUUUUGAGCUUUAUCAUUGAUGGGUUGCUGCAUGCAUAUCUGGCAAAGAUGAUGAUGAAAAAUUGAAGUCUUUUGUUGAUCAUGUUUUCUAUGACAACAGCUUAACAGAUUGUUUCUGGGUUUAGCUUUGUUUCAUUUCUUUUUGCUGUUCCCAUUACCGUUGGUAGUUUGGAUUUUCUCUGUCGAUUUUUCUGUAUUGAUUGUCAGCAAUGGAUUCAAGGACAAGUGAGAAUUUUGAAGGUGACAUUGUAUCGAAGCAGGUGGAUCUCCAGCAAGGCGAUAUGAAGUUUAACAUUAAGGGUACAGGUACAGGAAGCAUUAGUUUCAAAGAUAUGGAUCCAAAAAUUAAGGGUACAGGAAGCAUUAGUAACAAACAGAUGGAUCCGAAAAUUAAGGGUACAGGAAGUAUUAGUAGCAAAGAGAUGAUCUUCAGAGCUGAUAAAAUUGAUUUGAAGAACAUAGAUAUACAGCUUGAGAAGCACUUGAGCAGGGUUUGGUCCAAGAACAUUGAGAGAACCAGGCCUAAGGAAGAGUGGGAGAUUGAUUUAUCUAAAUUGGAUAUAAGAUAUGUUGUAGCUAGAGGGACCUAUGGUAUUGUAUACAGGGGUACCUACGAUGAACGAGACGUUGCAGUUAAGGUGUUGGACUGGGGGGAGGAUGGUUAUGCCACAGCUAAUGACACUAAUGCUGCGCGGGAAUCUUUUCAAAAAGAAGUUGCUGUCUGGCACAAGCUUGACCACCCUAAUGUUACAAAGUUCAUUGGAGCUUCAAUGGGAACUUCAGAUCUUAAGAUUCCUUCAAAAAGCUCUUCAAGUGAUGGUCUAGAUUCUAAUCCUGCAAGAGCAUGUUGUGUUGUUGUGGAGUAUCUCGCUGGUGGGACACUAAAGCAAUACUUGAUAAGAAACAGGCAAAAGAAACUUGCCUUUAAGGUUGUGAUCCAACUUGCUUUGGACCUGGCUAGAGGUCUUUGCUAUCUGCAUUCUCAAAAAAUCGUACACCGUGAUGUCAAAACAGAAAAUAUGUUGCUUGAUACUCGCAGAAACCUUAAAAUAGCAGAUUUUGGUGUCGCUCGUGUUGAAGCUCAGAAUCCAAGGGACAUGACUGGUGAAACUGGUACCCUUGGAUACAUGGCCCCAGAGGUUCUGGAUGGUAAGCCUUAUAAUAGAAGAUGCGAUGUCUACAGCUUUGGCAUAUGCUUAUGGGAAGUUUAUUGCUGCGAUAUGCCUUACCCAGACCUUAGCUUUGCUGAUGUAUCAUCUGCAGUUGUCCGACAGAACUUACGGCCAGAAAUCCCCAGAUGCUGUCCGAGUUCUUUUUCGAACAUCAUGCGCAAGUGCUGGGACGCAAAUGCAAAUAAACGUCCUGAAAUGGGUGAGGUGGUGAGAAUGUUGGAAACAAUUGAUACGAGUAAAGGAGGUGGGAUGAUACCUGAAGACCGUUCUCCGGGCUGUUUCUGUUUUGCCCCUACUCGUGGUCCCUGAGCUUUUAUCUUGAUUUGUUCCUGUUGCCGAAGGAAAUUGAUCGGCUAUUUUCUUGCCAGAAAGACGAUUGAAAAGAAAAAGAAGGGAAAAGAAAAGGAUGGUAAAGUUUUUUUUCAGAUAUGCUUGCAGUUGCAGCCUUGCCGCUUAGUUUGAAAGUUGUUUCUUUAGUGAAUGAACAAAGAAAGGUUUAUGAAUUGUGCAUCAAUCUGAUUUUCCAGCUUGUAUUUGUGAUGUGGGUCUGUUUCGAUAGUGAGCUUCGAGAGUUGGGAUUGAAUGCGUUGUUGCACAUGACAAAGAGCCGAGGGAAUCGUUGCCUAGGAACAAACAAGCAGUGACUGGACGGAAACAAGUUGAGCAGCUUAUUGAAACGUAUUUAGGGGCUGUAUUAUAUAUGGUUCUGUAGCAUUGCUAUGUUUCUAUAUAUUUGAUUGGCCUUUUGUAUGUUGAUUUUUAAACGAAAAGAUUUGCAUUUGUUUGUUGGGCCUUUUGACCUUUCAUUUAAUGCAUAUACUAAUUAGCGACGAAA